UGACAGUCCAAAGAGCGAGGGAGGGGAGAGAGGGAGAGAGAGGGAGAGAGUAGGGGAGGGACUGACCAGAAUGACGGAGGGAAGAGGGAAAGGAGAAGGAAAGUAGAGGGGAAGAAGACAGUUUUGAAGAAGUCAGCACAGUUAGCUAGCAAGGAAGGGAGCCAGGGAAAGGAGAGAAAAAAGAAAGAGCAAGAGGAAGCAAAAAAAAAAAGAAAAGAGCAGAAGAGGAACAGCUCAGCAAAUCGUGGCAGGCUUUCAUGCCACUUACAGCUAUUCCCUACUCAGCGGCUGUGGUCUGAACAGAGGAGAGUUUCGUUGCCUCUGAAAAGACAAAAAGAGAGCAAAAAAGAAAGAGAUAGGGAAAAAGAGUUAACGAGCUGUGGAACAUAGGGAUAGAGAGAGAAAGAGAGCGAAAGAAGAGGUUCUCUGUCCACAGUUUUAGAGAAGAAGAUGGAUUCCGACUCGGGGGAACAGAGUGAAGGAGAUCUCUCUCCAGGUCAGGAGAGUUUCAACUCCCGCUCCCUGGCCCUCCAGGCACAGAAGAAGAUUCUAUCCAAGAUGGCGACCAUGGCGGUGGCCAACCUACUGACGGAUGAUGUCAGCAGUGAGAUUCUGGAUGAGCUGUACAAGGCCAGCCGGGAGUUCACUAAGAGCAAAAAGGAGGCCCACAAGAUAGUUAAAGAUGUCAUAAAGAUUGCCCUGAAAAUUGGAAUCCUGUACCGCAACCACCAGUUCAACCCUGACGAACUGGACACGGUUGAACGUUUCAAGAAGAAGAUGAACCAAGCAGCCAUGACGGCGGUCAGCUUCUACGAGGUGGAGUACACGUUUGACCGCUGCAUCCUCUCUGAGCUACUGCUGGAGUGCCGGGACCUUCUGCACGCACUGGUGGAGCAGCACCUGACCGCACGGUCGCACGCUCGCAUCGACCACGUGUUCAACCACUUCGCUCAUGGGGAGUUUUUGGCGGAGCUUUAUGGAGACCAGGAGGAGUACAGACUCUACCUGAGGAAGAUCUGCAAUGGGAUAAACAAACUGCUGGAUGAUGGAACACUUUAACCUCUGACCUUUGACCCCUGAUCUUUCACCAUUAACCUGAUAUUACACCCAGCUCAUCUCCUCCUACUAUUCGCUUUCCGUGGUUGUAACCCAAUAAUCUAUUAUUGGGAUGUAUAGUUCUUUUGAAGUAUGCACUUUUUCACUUAACCAAUGGAUCUGAAAUGAAUGACCUGGUAUCGAGAACUUCCAUGCAUGUUGCGUGGUGAGUAUUGAAAGAGUGCACACUUCAAAGACAGCUUGAUGGGACACACCCUUAAUUCUUCCUCUCCUUUCUCCACAGAUCUGCUCUUUUUCUCUUCCCGACCAAGGGAACUUCAAGUCAUUUCUCUGUCCUUGCUCAUUGUUUGAUCUGUUUAAUGUAACCUUUAACCUUUUCCUCAUCUUCCACUUCCUGCCCUCUUUUCUGUCUCCUCUCCUGAACUCCCUUUGAUUCUGGGGCCUCUUGGACAGAGAAAUACUUUUUUCAUUCACCCACUACACCUUUUACUCCAUUCCAGUUCCUUCCUCACUUUUCUCUCAUUCUUCUGUUUUUUGUCUCUCCUUUCCAUCCCUGCUCAAUCUCCUCUGCCUUAUUUCUUCUAUGGAGCUGCCAUGGUGUUGAUGAACUAUAUGUGUACUUCUGAGACAUUUACUUAUUGUCAAGGCUCAGUGCUAUGAGAUGAUUUUCCUUCCCUACCCCCCCCCACCCCCAGCUCUCCCUUCCAACCUCAGUGUUUUUUCUCUGAGAUGUGCAAGGACAGUAUUGACCCACUCUCCAGGUCACGACUGUCUAAUAUUAGCAGCCCUACUCAAACAGAGACCCAGGACUGUCCUCCAUCCACAUGGUACACACCUCACACUCUAUACCUGGUCCUGAGUGGCUCCGUUGAUAAUACUGUGGCGUUAAUGUAAUGCUAACCCUAAACCCAAUGUAAAGGAUGUUAUGCAGCUGCAUUGUUAAGUACCACUUCCAUUUUGGCACAUACCUGGCUGGAGCCCAGGUCCUAUGCUUGACAAACACACACAUGCUUCACAAACCUUCCUCAAGUGUAUCUACCUGUCAUGCUAUUGAAAAGCUAGCAAACUUAUGAGUACUUUAUCACACAUACCAGGUGUUACAAUAACAACGCCAAGUUUAUGGGUUCAAAUCCCGCAGGGAGUAAACACACCUAUCAAAAAUUCCCUAAGUGUGUACUCAGUUACAUACUGUAUAUUCAAUCCUAUUAAAGUGACUGUAUGACAGUGUGAAAUGGUUCCAUCUGUAUUCCCUCGUGUUUGUGUGCAUAUAGCUUUACUGCUCUGAAUCCAGGCCAAAAAGGAUUAUUCUAUGUUCUGUAAAUAUACUGUCUGUUGGUUCUCUUUUGGUCUUUCUGUGUGUGGGUGUCAUCAUGCCUUAUAUGUAGGGCCUGAAGUUUCCAACAUCAUGUUGACCAGCGGGCACCUUCUAAAGGAUGUUGUUUUAAGUGAUUCCCAGUUCACUGACAGCACGGAAGACGUCACCUAGACUGUGUGUUUGUGUGUGUGUGUGUGUGUGCAUGUGCAGAAUUUGUUUGUGUCUGUAUCCUCUUUGCCAGGGUGUAACACGUUUAUCUUUUAUUAAAGAUUCCUUAUAAACCUGUG